GUAACACUUUUAAAACGAAGUACAAGCGCCGAGAUUAUACAGUUGGAUAAGUCACUGAACACAGUCUUACCGGAAGAGGUCAGUGAUGAUGGAAAACAAGCCGCUUCUGACCUUGAAGGUCUUCGUCAAUUCCGUUUCACAGAAAACAAAACCUUACUUGAUAGUUUAAACUCUGACAGCAUCGGCUCAUUUGUAACCUUUGUGAAUAAAACUAUCGCUCAUCAGUCAACUGCCGAAGGAAAAGGAAUCACUGAAGCGAUUGUUGGACUUCAAUCAAACUUUUUGCUAACAACACGAAAUGAAGUCGGAGAACAAUGUUACCAUGAGCGUGACUGUGUAAUGGUGGAAAUCAAAACUCAGCAAGGCCAUGACUGUGCCACGGAACUGCGAGUCCAAGAUAACAAAGAUGGUAGCUACGAAGUCAGAUAUUUCCUCAAAGAUACAGAAAAAUGCCAACUAUCAGUGAAAGCAAAUGGAGAACAUAUUCGUGGCAGUCCAUUUAAUAUUGAGACGAAACCCAGACAGUUUAGACCCUUGUUAUCUUUUGGAAAAGGAGGAUUGCUUUCCGGUCCAUAUGGAGUGGCAGUGAAUGAACGAGAUGAAAUUUUAGUGACUGACACUAAUAACCACAGGGUUCAAGUAUUUAAUAGUGAUGGAACUUACUUAAGAUCUUUUGGUAAGAAGGGUGAUGAACAGGGAGAGUUUGAUUGUCCUUCUGGCAUAGCACAUGAUAAGAAUAAGAACAUAAUUGUUGUGGACACUAAUAAUCACCGCGUUCAAUUGUUCAGUGAUCAAGGCGAGUACCUGAGCCAGUUUGGUGGCAAAGGAAAUCUUGAUCACCAGCUGACUAGUCCUCGUGGUUUAUCUGUUGACUGUAAUGGAAAUAUCAUUGUUGCCGAAGACGACCAAAAAUGUAUAAAAACUUUUUCAUCCCAUGGCCAGUUUUUGUAUAAACUUGGUGAGGGUGAAGGUGAAGGUGAAGCGUUUACUGCUCCUCGUCACUGUAUUCAAUAUAACAAACAUCUCAUAGUGUCAGACAGUGGUGAACAUUGUAUCAAAGUGUUUGAUAUAAAUGGCGAUUUUUUGUACAAAUUUGGAAAUAAGGGAAACGGGGAUGGGCAGUUCAAUGGACCUCGUUUUUUGUCAGUUAACAAGGCAGGACACCUGAUGGUUUGUGAUAGAAACAAUUACAGAGUUCAGGUAUUUGAACUGAGUGGUAAAUUUGUAACAAAGUUUCCAAACAGAGGUUAUGGGCAAGUAGUGUUCUACUGUCCAACAUCUACAGCAGUUCUUAGUGAUGGCAGGAUAGUUGUGGUUGAUUGGAUGAACGCUCGUAUUGAGAUACUUGGGUAAAUGUUGAUAAAUGCAACUUCUGUUACAUUCAAGCUUUGGAGUAAUUCUGAAAAAAGCUGCAUCACAACACCUAGGUUUUUUUUUCUUUCUGGUUUGAAUUGGUGUAUCAUAUCGCUCAUUUGUAAUCUUAAGAUUCUAGUUUCUUAGGGAGGGCAAACACCUCAGAUCGAAGACAAAUUGUUGUGAUAGUGCUCUAGAUUCUAGUUUGUUAGGGAGGGCAAACAAUAGAGAUUGAAGAAAAAUUGUUGUGAUAGUGUAUUCACUAUUGAAAGAGAAGCAUCAAUCAAUAAACUGAGUUUGAUCGAAUGAGGAAAGUAA